UUUAUUUAUUUUCCCUCUUCGGAGGCUUGCUUUCCUUUCGCCCUUCCGCGGCCGUGGAGGGCUGGCGUAGAGGAGCCGGGCGGCCCAGCGUGCACGCCGGGCGGCGGUUGGAUCCGGUAAGCGGGAGUGAAAGUCGGAAGGUGAAAGAGAAGGCGGGCAGAGGCGCCGCACCUGAGAAGGUUUACCUGACGUUUGCGGCGUGACGAUUAAGGAUUGAGUUUCCGCCCGUUCUCUUAGGAACUGUCAAGUUCCAGAAGGAAUUAUAUCUGACUGGCCAUCGACAGUUCCUCUGGUUCCCGAUCAAUGAGGUUCAGGACUUCAAACUGAUUUCUGAUGUUCUCCUUGAAAAUGGAUGAAGACAGUUGUGAAGAUGGCAUGCCUCAGGAGUUUUAAAAGAUGCAGACCGCCUGAUUGAAAAUGGUAGUUCUAUGUUUUAUCCCAUUCAGUUAGGAAAUUGCUACUGCGUUAUAAGCAAGUCAUGAUCACGUUAACUGAACUCAGAUGUCUAGCAGAUGCCCAGGCAUCAUUCCACAUCUUAAAACCAUGGUGGGAUGUCUUCUGCUACUAUCUUACCAUGAUAAUGCUGCUUGUGGCUGUCCUUGCUGGGGCUCUUCAGCUCACUCAAACUAGAUUGUUAUGUUGUCUUCCUUGCAAGCUUGAAUUUGACAAUCGUUGUGCAGUGCCUUGGCAUCUGGUUAAAAGCAACAUCAAUGAAUCCAUCAGCUCUGCAACACCAGAAAUUCAUUCUCUUAGAAUCCAGACUAACCUUCACAGGCAGCAGUAUUCUUACAUUGAUGCAGUGUGUUAUGAGAGAGAACUUCAUUGGUUUGCCAAAUUUUUUCCAUACUUAGUGCUUCUCCAUACUUUCAUUUUUGCAGCUUGCAGUAAUUUCUGGCUUUACUAUCCCAGCACCAGUUCAAGGCUAGAGCAUUUUGUAGCCAUACUUCACAAAUGUUUUGAUUCUCCCUGGACCACACGUGCCCUAUCAGAAACAGUUGCUGAACAAUCUGUGAGGACUGUGCCAUUCUCCAAAUCUAAAACAUUUCUUUCCUCCCCAAGCAACUUAACGGAGCUGGAGAGCAAGAGGCAAUCAGUGUCCUACUCACAGACUGGACUAGAAACAGCUGGAAGAGAGAGUUCUUCAAAUGUUCUCGACAGAAGAGAAGGGGAACAAGCAAAGUCAAUAUUCGAGAAAGUGAAACGAUUCAGGGUACAUGUUGAGCAGAAGGAUGUCAUUUAUAGAGUGUACCUAAAACAGAUUGUGAUCAAGGUCAUUGUAUUCAUUUUAAUAAUGAUUUAUGUUCCAUAUUAUUUAACCUUUAUUAACCUAGAAAUUGAUUGUAUAGUUGAUAUUCAAAUCUUUACUGGCUACAAGCGAUACCAGUGUGUCUAUUCGCUGGCUGAAAUUUUUAAAGUGCUUGCUUCAUUUUAUGUUGUCCUGGUAAUCUUAUAUGGCCUGACAUGCACUUACAGUUUGUUAUGGAUGCUGAGAAGUUCACUUAAACAGUAUUCUUUUGAGAAGCUGAGGGAGCAGAGUAAUUACAGUGAUAUCCCUGAUGUAAAAAAUGAUUUUGCGUUUAUUCUCCACCUAGCAGACCAGUAUGAUCCUCUAUAUUCAAAGCGGUUCUCAAUAUUUCUCUCUGAAGUGAGUGAAAAUAAGUUGAAGCAAAUUAGUCUCAAUAAUGAAUGGUCUUUAGAGAGACUGAAGAGCAAGCUGAUACGAAAUCCUCAAGACAAAAUGGAACUUCAUCUUUUUAUGCUUAGUGGUCUUCCAGAUGAUGUCUUUGAACUCACAGAGAUAGAGGUUCUAACCCUAGAACUUAUUCCUGAGGUUAAACUUCCAUCAUCUUUAAACCAGCUAUCCAAUCUUAAAGAACUGAACAUUUAUCAUUCAUCAUUAACUGUAGAAUAUCCAGCACUGCACUUCCUUGAAGAUAAUCUAAAAAUUCUACGUCUGAAAUCUGUUGAUAUGGGAAAGAUUCCACGCUGGGUUUUCUAUCUAAAAAACUUACAGGAACUGUAUUUGACUGGAUGUUAUGUGCCAGAACCCCAGAAUGGCUUCUCUAAUGAAGGUUUUCAGGAUCUUGUAAAUCUGAAAGCAAUUCAUUUAAAGAACAGCCUUUCCCGCAUACCUCAGGUGGUUACAGACCAAUUGCCUUCACUACAGAAAUUAUCUAUUGACAAUGAGGGGAGAAAACUGUUAGUGUUGACCAACUUGAAGAAACUGUUAAACCUGAGAAUCCUGGAACUGAUCAGCUGUGAUUUGGAGCGCAUUCCUCAUUCUAUUUUCAGCCUAAACUAUUUGCGUGAAAUAGAUUUGAAAGAAAACAAUCUCCGAACAGUAGAAGAAAUUAUUAGCUUUCAACACCUUGAAAAUCUUUCUUGCCUGAAAUUGUGGCACAAUAAAAUUUCCUACAUCCCUGUGCAGAUUGGAACCUUAGCAAACUUGGAGCAGCUCUAUUUAAAUCACAAUAACAUUAAAAAAAUCCCACCACAGCUCUUUCUUUGCAAAAAGCUACAUCAUCUGGAUCUGAGUUACAACAAGCUAACCUCUAUUCCUGAUGAAAUCCAAUAUUUAACAAAUUUGCAGUACCUUGCUGUGACAAAGAAUCAUAUUGAAGCACUUCCUGACGAAUUAUUCCAGUGCAAAAAGCUACAGUACCUUCUUCUGGGACAUAAUAGCCUAAUGCAUUUGUCUCCUCGAGUUGGUGAGCUUUCCAACCUUGUUCAUCUGGAGCUCAAGGGAAACUAUCUGGAGUUACUUCCUGCUGAGCUAGAGGAAUGUAAUUCUCUGAAACGGAGUUGUCUAAUUGUAGAAGAAUGCUUGUUAAAAACACUUCCCCUUCGAGUAACAGACCAUAUGCAGAUAUGCUUGGACAAAGUUUGAGUUUGAGAAAAGUUGUGUGCAUGUGGACAAAACCAUGGUUCAAAAGAAAUAUAUAGAUGGAAAGAAGAAAAAUACAGGUCUGCCCACUGAUUUCAGUUUUCCGAUAAGAAAUUAACAUUAAAAUCCUAAGCAGAAAUAUAGACCUGGCAAGUAUCUGCAUGCAUUUCAUUAAAAACAUUACAAGUGAAAUUAAUGUGCAGAAAAUUAAGUGGACAGUGUAAUCAGUAGUUAAGUGGCUGAGAUUGAAUAACAUUAUUCAAGGUCUAGAAAGGUUAUUUCUUUUCUUUAAAUAGCAGUUCUUAAUAGUUUGUGUAAGGACCAACUAAUACAGUUUUUCAUAUCUGUUACCUGUUGGUACAUUUAUGGAGGGAAGGAGAGGCUAUUAGUGAAAACUCCCCUAUAUAAAAACUACUCUUCAAAAAAUCUGUUUCAGAACUAAAUGUUCACUUCUGUUUAUGAAACAUAGAAAUGUUUUCCUACAUAGGCAUAAUGAAAUUUCAUUGUGGCUCUAUGAACUCUGUCCAGAUUAUGGUACUAAACUUCAUGCAAUCCAACUUCCUUUAAUUUAUGCUGCUUUAAUACUGGAGUUAAUCAUGUGUACCUAAGGGAAUACAACUGGACCUGAUGUAAAGGUUAAAAUCAAGUCUUGGAGAACUAUGCAAGUAGUAAAAUUCAACAUGUCACUUUUUUUUUAACCUAUACUAGUAUAUUGCUUGCCUGCAUUAAAAGAAAAAACUCUAGCGCUUUAAUUUUGAGCAACGAUGGAAAUGCAAUAUGCAAUAUAGAGGGUCCUUUCUUUUAAAAAAACUGGCUAGUCUUUUUCCCCCAAUUUUCUGGCCCACCAUACUAAAGGUUUUAAAGAUGGUCCUUGAGUUAUAAGUAGUGGUAGAAAUAGCAGCUUAAGCACUUAAUAUAGAGGGUCUUUAUAAAAAGCAAGGUAUUUAAUGAAAAGCACAUGAAUGGACAAAUCUUAUAUAUUUCUCUCUUGUUCACAGAUGUCCUUUGAAAAACUAACAUACCAUUCCUUAUUUUCGCUAAAGCAGGACAGAGAAUAUUUAUUCCUACAGAGCUGAAUCCUAAGUAGUACUCUUUAACAGAGUUCUGCUCUAAAGAACUAGGAGAAUUUCUGUGAUGAUAUAUAAAGUAGCAGAGGGAGACAAGAGGAGAAUGGGGAAAACUGAUCCCUUUAACAGAAACCUGUAUUAGAUUGAAGUUCCUUCUGUGAAUGGAAGAGUAAUUCCUGCCCCCAGAAGAAAGCUCUGGAUUCAGUCCAUGGUAUUUUUAAUUCAUUUCAGUCUCGUUCGGGCACAUCUUUGUUGUGGCUAUGGUGCUCUAUGUGUGGGGAUUGGGGGGAUUUUGGCUUCCAUUGUAAAAAUACAGUAACCUGAUAGCAUGCUUUCAGAGAAAAUGGAUCUUUUACUUCUGUAUGAUAUAGUUUUAUAGUCCGCUAUCUUCAUUUUGUGCCCAAUUUUGUGGUUGAGUUGAAUGAGAUACUGGAAAGGUAUAUUUUUUGAUAAAUUUUUUAUCGCUUCUUUAAAUACAGCACACUUAUUUUAAUGAUGCCAUAAAAUUGAGUUGUUUAUGAAAUGAAAAAUUCACAACGUUCAUCUUACGUCCAUCAGAAUAAUUACAUUCCAAAGACCUUUCAGAAAAACUCUCAGGGAACAAACUUGUGUUAUGAUUUCAUAGAUUUGAUGCAACUCAAAUUCCCCCAGCUUUUUUAUUUAAAGGUACAAUUUAUUAUAUGCAUGUCUAGAUGUUAACUAUAACCGUGCAAUAUCCUAGACCACCUUUAUGUGUUCUUUAAAUAAUAGAAGCAAGCUUUGCAGUAUCACACACACACACACACACACACAAUCUGCAUAUAUCUGCAUUGUUCAGCCCAGAUGAGCACAUUGAGAAUCCUGAUGCUGGGAUUUAAAAAUUUUGGUUCUCAUGUAAACCCAGCAGACAUAGAACUCAAUAGGUAUCGAGUGUGUGACUGCUUGAUUUUGUCUGCCUUAUGUAAAAAUACCUCUCAAUGUCAAGUUUUUUUUAGCCUUCAUAUUCACUUCCAUAACGUAAAAAGCAGCUGCAGUUCUACCUGUCUUAUCUUUUUGUAUUGUACUUCUUUCCAUCUCUCUCUUUUUUCAGUUUGACAUGCCUCUGAAGAGUCAGGAAUGGGUGGCAUUUAUCUUAGUAUGGAUUAUUAGAAUUUUAACCUGCUUUGUUCUUCAUAAGUUGAUGGAUACUUUGAUUUUCCUGUACUAGAGCCAGGGCAUAAUUAAGUUGGUAUGUCCCACCUGCUGCAAAGGCAGAACUAGAAAGACUUCUGGUGUCAAUUCCUGAUGUUAUCCCCCAUCCCUAGUUUCAACCUUGCCUUUCUCCAGAUAACAUGCAUGGUUAUGAGCUUCACUGACAUCUGCGUGGCCAGGACCACCCUGAUCACAGAUUGUCUGCACUUUUCCUUUAUCAAUCUUCCUUCAGACCCAAUGGGAGAGGGAUGAAGUUAAGUUUUUGUAGAUGAGGAAGAUGACCAAUGGGCAGUCCUUAUAUCCUCCAGACUACUCCAAAAAGCAGAUUUUGCACAACUACUCAAGGUGGUCUGCAAGACUUUCAAAACCAGAGACAGCACCCCCCAAAUGCCCCCCUUCUGGAUCUACUGGUGGUAGCAGUCUUCCUGGUGAUUAGGAACCAUUCUUCAUGCCUUCCCUUCCGAAAAAUAUUCAACAGAGUGGGGAGAUCCAUGAAACAACAAAGGGUGGCUCCUUCCUGGCUGCCAAACUUUAUUCUUUUCCUAAGGCAACCCUAUACCUCUUCAAAACCCCUAUGGCAGAUACCCCCAUGGCAGUAUUGAUUUUGAGGGCCAUUAUAAGGAAAGAUGGGGAGUACAUUCCCAACAUUCAGAGGACAGGAGAAUGGAGAUACUGCAGUGCAGAGGACAUGAACUAACAGCCUCAGCCUCAAGGGCUUCUCUGCCUACCUUAACUUUUGCCAGUUUUUCUAUCCUUUGGACCAAACAGCUACUUCCUAGUUCAGGAGUCAAGAGGAUGCCCAAAGUAGCAUAAGCCUUUUGGUGCUGCAUGCAGCAUAUCUAGCCCUGAGCAUGUGGCAGACUCUCCUAAAAGGCCAGCUUGCCAUCUGAACAGAUGUGUGACCACCAAAGCCCACAUAGAGAUGAAGACAGCUGAUGAAAGAGGCAGACAAAAUCUUGUCUGGCUGAGGGCAAUAUAUAUUUCCUCACAGCAGAAUACAUUGAGGAGAUCCACAAUACAGUGGCAGACUGGCUCAGGGUCCCAAAAUUUGAAUUGCAGCAAAUGCAGUUUCAAUCCCAGACUGUUUGAACAAAUCUUAUCAAUCUUUGGGAACCUUCUAGCACCUCCUACCAAUCACAAGACAGAACGGUUCAUCUCACACUUCCCAUCCUAGGGAGCAUAGGCAACAAACACCUUCAAUGCCACCUGGCCCAAAGACUUGCUAUACAUCUUUCCCCCCAUUCAUUUCCUGUUCCUGAAACUAGUUUGAAGCCAGAAACCUGAUUCUGGUAACUCCCAACUGGGCCAACAAACCCUGGCUCUCAAUUCUAGUUGCUCUGUCAACUUCCCAUCCAUUAAGUCACCAGGCAUCACCAAAACUGCUGAGCCAAGGGGGAUUCAAUUAUCCACAUUCAGCUGCUUACAAUUACAUGGCUGCAGGUUGAGUGGAGCUAUCUUGCUGGCCUAUCCACAGGUAUCUGUCAUGGGACUUCAGCUAAUACUAGAAGCCUUCAGUCAUCCCUGUUCAAACCCUUGCAUUGGUUUUCCUUAGAACACCAGAUAUGGAAAGGGAUGUUCCUAAUAACAAUAUAGUCAGGUGGAUAUCAGAAAUAGAAGUGCGUCUUGGCCAAAAAGGAGAGCCACAUUAUCCAACUGAACACCAUUACUCUACACCUAGACACUUUCAUUACUGGUGUGAAUAUAGUGUUCCACCAGGACUAGAAAUAAUCUCUUCGUUCUGCCUCAAUCCCAAAUCCAAAUUGGGAUUUGGGCCAUUACAAAUUGGAUGUUAGAUGAACCAUCUAACCAACUUGGGCCAUUACAAAUUGGAUGUUAGAUGAACCAUCAAAAUCUUCCUGAACAAAACAGGAUUUCACAAUAUCAGACAAUGUCCUGGUUUACUUUCAACAUUGGCACUUCAGCCACAAAACCUUCCUAACAUGAUUUCCAAGGGAAUCAAGGUAUACAUCAAACUAGCCUAUAAGACUCAAAAUAAGCCUGCCCCACAGGAAGGUGGUGCACUCCAUAAGCACAGCUGACUCAGCUGCCCUUAAUACUAAUGACUCCCUAGCAUAUCAGGAUGGGAUGUAAUCCUGUGCCCACCCUUAUAGAGCACUAUAAGAUUACACCUUGGUCAAAGCAUCCUUCAGCAGGAAGGUACUAUAGAAAAUAGUUCCUGGCAAGAACUAGGGGCCCUCCAGAUACUAUUAUCCUAUGCCAAGGUGUAAUUUUGGUAUAUACCACUUAAGAUUACCUUGGGUCUACUGUAAGAAAAUAGUACAUUGGACUUGUCAUGAAGGUCCUUCUACAGUGUACACAGGGCAUCCAGCCUACUCAGGCACUGACC